UUUUGAGUUCCCUUUCUCCGCCGGCGAAGAUGGGUGGUUUCAGCUUAGAGGAGAUUAAGAACGAGAAUGUUGAUCUGGAAAAAGUUCCCAUUGAGGAAGUGUUUGAGUCCUUAAAAUGUACAAGGGAGGGUCUCUCCUCCGAAGAAGGAGCCUACCGGCUUCAGAUAUUUGGCCCCAACAAGCUAGAAGAGAAAAAGGAGAGCAAGUUCCUCAAGUUUCUGGGAUUUAUGUGGAACCCUCUAUCAUGGGUCAUGGAAGCCGCAGCUAUAAUGGCUAUUGCCAUGGCAAAUGGUGGUGGUCAACCCCCCGACUGGCAGGAUUUCGUGGGUAUUGUUUGCCUUCUGGUGAUCAACUCCACAAUCAGUUUUAUUGAAGAAAACAACGCCGGUAACGCUGCAGCAGCUUUGAUGGCUAACCUUGCUCCCAAAACUAAGUUGCUUAGAGAUGGUCGAUGGAAUGAGCAAGAAGCUGCCAUUCUGGUUCCUGGAGACAUUAUCAGCGUCAAAUUGGGAGAUAUUAUCCCUGCUGAUGCCCGUCUCCUAGAAGGCGAUCCGUUGAAGGUUGAUCAAUCUGCUUUGACUGGAGAAUCCCUACCUGUCACAAAGAAUCCAUACGAUGAGGUGUUCUCUGGUUCAACUUGCAAACAGGGAGAAAUAGAAGCUGUUGUCAUUGCUACUGGUGUUCAUACCUUCUUUGGAAAGGCUGCCCAUCUUGUUGACAGCACCAAUCAAGUUGGUCACUUCCAGAAGGUCUUGACUGCCAUUGGUAACUUCUGUAUUUGCUCCAUCGCCGUGGGUAUGGUCAUUGAGAUCAUUGUAAUGUACCCAAUUCAGCACAGGGCAUAUAGGAGUGGAAUUAACAACCUCUUGGUUCUCUUAAUUGGUGGUAUUCCCAUUGCUAUGCCCACUGUCUUGUCGGUGACCAUGGCUAUUGGUUCGCAUAGGCUAUCCCAGCAGGGUGCUAUCACCAAGAGAAUGACUGCAAUUGAGGAGAUGGCUGGUAUGGAUGUGCUCUGCAGCGACAAGACCGGUACCCUGACACUGAACAAGUUGACAGUUGAUAAGAAUCUUAUUGAGGUGUUUGUAAAGGGUGUGGACAAGGAUCAGGUGGUCUUGUUUGCAGCAAGGGCAUCGAGGACUGAAAACCAAGAUGCCAUUGAUGCUGCCAUUGUUAAUACCCUUGCAGACCCGAAGGAGGCUCGAGCAGGUAUUACAGAGGUCCAUUUUUUCCCAUUCAACCCUGUAGACAAGAGGACUGCUUUAACCUAUUUUGACCGUGAUGGCAACUGGCAUCGGACCAGCAAAGGUGCCCCCGAGCAGAUAUUGACCCUUUGCAACGCCAAGGAGGAUUUGAAGAAGAAGGUUCAUUCUGUGAUUGAUAAAUUCGCUGAGCGUGGGCUUCGAUCUUUGGCUGUUGCAAGGCAGGAAGUCCCUGAGAAAACCAAGGAUAGUCCAGGGAGCCCAUGGCAGUUUGUUGGUUUGUUGGCUCUAUUUGAUCCUCCCAGGCAUGACAGUGCAGAAACCAUUCGCAGGGCUCUUAACCUUGGUGUGAAUGUUAAGAUGAUUACUGGGGAUCAACUUGCCAUUGCAAAGGAGACUGGGCGGAGGCUUGGAAUGGGAACUAACAUGUAUCCGUCCUCUACUCUGCUUGGUGAACACAAGGAUGAAAAUAUUGCGUCCCUUCCCGUAGAUGAGUUGAUUGAGAAGGCUGAUGGUUUUGCAGGAGUAUUUCCAGAGCACAAAUAUGAAAUAGUGAGGAAGUUGCAGGAGAGGAAGCACAUCUGUGGUAUGACUGGAGAUGGUGUCAAUGAUGCCCCUGCUUUGAAGAAGGCAGAUAUUGGUAUUGCUGUUGCUGAUGCUACUGAUGCUGCUAGAAGUGCUUCUGACAUUGUCCUCACUGAACCUGGGCUGAGCGUUAUCAUCAGUGCUGUGCUGACCAGCAGAGCAAUUUUCCAACGGAUGAAGAACUACACAAUCUAUGCAGUUUCAAUCACAAUUCGUAUUGUGUUCGGUUUCUUGCUUAUCGCUCUGAUCUGGAGGUUCGACUUCUCUCCCUUCAUGGUUUUGAUCAUUGCCAUUCUAAAUGAUGGUACAAUCAUGACCAUCUCAAAGGAUCGGGUGAAGCCAUCUCCACAGCCUGACAGUUGGAAAUUGAAGGAAAUCUUUGCAACUGGAAUUGUGCUAGGUGGUUACAUGGCAUUGAUGACAGUGUUAUUCUUCUGGUUGAUGAGCAAGACCACUUUCUUUGAGACACAAUUCCAUGUAAGGAGAAUAAGUGACCAACGAUAUGAAAUGAUGGCUGCCUUAUACCUACAAGUCAGUAUUAUUAGCCAGGCCCUCAUUUUUGUCACCCGUUCUCGUAGCUGGUCCUUUGUUGAACGCCCUGGAUUGCUCUUAGUAUGUGCUUUUAUAAUUGCUCAGCUGGUGGCAACUCUGAUAGCUGUUUACGCCCACUGGAGUUUUGCCUUCAUUAAGGGUUGCGGCUGGGGUUGGGCUGGAGUCAUCUGGCUUUACAGUCUGGUCACCUAUGUACCACUUGACUUCCUCAAGUUUGCAAUCCGCUACAUCCUCAGUGGAAGGGCCUGGGUUAACAUGCUAGAGAACAAGACUGCCUUCACCACCAAGAAGGAUUAUGGCAAAGAGGAAAGAGAAGCACAGUGGGCACAUGCUCAGCGGACACUUCACGGACUCCAACCACCAGAAUCUACCAAUCUCUUCACCGACAAGAACAGCUACAGGGAGCUCUCUGAGAUCGCCGAGCAAGCCAAGAGACGAGCUGAAGUAGCAAGGCUUCGUGAACUGACCACACUCAAGGGUCACGUUGAGUCGGUAGCAAAGCUGAAGGGUCUUGAUAUUGAUGCUAUUCAGCAGCAUUACACAGUUUAAUCAAAGAACAGUAGAGAAGCAGCAGCCGGGUCUAUUAAAAAGAUGCAUAAUAUUGCCAGA